AUGGACAGCGGUGUUCUAAAGAACAGAAAUGAGAAGUCAACUCCUAUUUCGAGGGAUAAUAACGCUUCUACUGAGAGUACACACGAAAUCAAACCAGAUGAUGUUAUAAUCAAGUCAAAUCCCGAUGUCGAAAGACUAGAAAUGAUGGAAAAGUUGGUUUUGACCAAGAUAGACAAGCUACUGGGCAAAUUUGAAUUGAAGCUAUCGAACAUGGAGAAGUAUCUUGAACAGUCGGCCGUGGAUGUUGAAAAUACUGCCAGCACAAUACUAUCGUACACGCCUUCGUAUUCCAACUUGGUCAGUACCUUGAAAUCCAUUAAAGGCUACCUUCAAAAGAACCAGCAGCAUAGCUUGCAUCCGUUGACGAAAAUAAUAGACGAUUAUUAUGAACAAGAGAAACAGCCAAAGGGUGAGGACAAGAAACAUUCCCUUGAUGAGAAAGCUCAUAGUACCCUGGCAAACAGCACCCAAACUUUCCAGGAAUAUAAACAACAGCUGUUCUAUGCCAUUCAAGUCUUGAACGCCCGUUUAACGGAUUUCGAGAAACACCAUAAUUUACCACCGUUGAAUACACAUCCAAGUGAACGUUUGAUUGCAUUAAAGGAGACACUCUAUAACUAUGACGUUGCGUUGACAACCUCGAAGAAAAGACAUUUGACUUUUUAUGAGCUUCCAUUCCAAUGGAGAGAAAACAAGUACAUAAUUUAUGGGUACAGGUUUGCCACUAGUCACUUCUCAGCAAUGACAUCGUGGUUACAUUGGCACAAUGAAACCGUAAAUAUCUGGACUCAUUUGUUAGGUUCUGCUUACAUGGUCUACCUCGGUUUGGUCCACUUCCCCCAAUCUGAGCAUUUCCAAACUUAUGCAGCAAGUUUGAGUGAUAAGGCGGUCAUGUAUCUCUUCAUUUCAUCCUCGAUUAUUUGUAUGAUGUUUUCAGUUUUCUGGCAUUCUUAUGCUAAUAUUGGAUUCGUGACAACGCGGUCCAAGUUUGCAUGUUUCGAUUAUAGUGGUAUUGUUAUAUUGAUAUCUUCCUCAAUUAUUUCAACUGAACAUAUCUCCUUAAAGGGCCACUUAAAAUUGAAACUGCUAUUUAUGGGAUUCUCAUCGAUAGCUGGUAUAGUUGGAAUCAUAAUGGCUUGGCACCCUUAUUUUGAUCGGCCAGAAUCAAGAAUAUUGAGAAUCUUGUUCUUCAUCUCAUUGUCGUUCUUGGGUGUUGUUGCAUUUUCAUGUUCUUGCUUUUUUCAUUCUAUCCAGUAUUGCUUGAAUUUGUUCUUUCCUUUGCUAUUUUCAUUUGUUUGGUACCUUUCAGGUGUUGUAUUCUAUGGCUCUUUCUUUCCCGAAUGUUGCAGGACCGAUGUUGAAGUUGAUAACUUUGAAAUUUCGGAUGAAACAAUCAUGCAGUUGGACAGAGAGGGGAAAUUCUUGGAAUACUUGCAUAAACAGCCUGUCAAGACUUGUAAUCAUGGAAUCACUUCACUAUGGUGGAUCGACUGGAUCGGUAAUUCUCAUAACUUAUGGCACCUCUUUGUGAUUGGUGGCGUAUUAGGACAUUAUAAGGCUCUGCUGGAUAUGUUUAAGUACGGUUACGAACAUCAAUAA